AUGAUGAACCCAACGUGCGAACAAUAUUCGACUGACAUAAUUAAUCUCAAAAGACCUACGUGAGUACGCACGUGUACUCUCGAAUAAUGUAAAUUGAAGCAAUAAGGAGGCAGCUCUAAAAAGGAGAGGAAAGAUAUGGAUAUUUUCAUCUUAAAAAAAAAGUUGGUGCGCGUUUGAAAAAAGAAAAUGAUUUAAUUUAAAUUGAAUUGAUAUUACCCAAAUUAUUUGUGGAAAGAGGAGGUUCCCCCUUACUGCAGCUUAUUGCUUGUUUAAUUUUUUUUUUUUUUUUUUUUUUUUUUUUCUAUUCGUAUCGAAAUUCUUACACGUGAAUCAGGGCUCUGGAUAAGCUGGCCGAUUCGAUUCCUAAGCCAAAGGGCGCGGUACCAAAUUUUGGCCUACCAAAAUGGAAAGUGAUGCCGUUAGAGUCGAAAAUCCCAAUGGUCCCUGGACCUGAGGGCGUUUACAAUUUCACCCGUCGUAAACUAGGGGAAGAACUAUGGAUCUCCACGCCCGAUGCGGAAUUUAAUUUAAGCGAUCCAUAUGGUUACGAGAUAAAAUGGACUUACGACUCGCUUCACGAUAAACAUUUGCUUUCUCAUUUCUCCAAACCGAAUAUCAUUCGACACUUGAUCAAAUCUGGUUUCAUCACUAAAGAUCUCGACGCGAAAUGUUCCCUGAAGGAUUACAAUGUGUAUAGACAGUAUCUAAGAACGUUACACUGCGACAGCAUUAAGAAGGAAUUGAACAGAAUAACGAAACGAUCCAUCGAGGAAAGAGCGAUUUUAUAUGCACAAGAACAGGCUGAGAAGGAAGUGAAAAAAUUGAAGGAAAGGGAGAGACUGAUGGAGUUACGAAAAUCUGCGAUCGAACGGAGUAAAAUGGCUGAGAAAAUGAAACUCCAGAGGCAGAAAGAGAAGCAAAAGAUAAUAGAGGAAAGAUUGCACGCAUUGGCUCAGAGGAAGAAAGAAGCACAACAAAUGCAGUACAUUAAAAGCAGACAGAAAGCUGAAAUAAUUCAGCAGAAACAAAUUGCAGCAGUAAACAUUCAACGGCAAAAGAUAAUUCAAGCUCUAUUAGAAUGGAGAAAAAAGGAACGUAUACGGAGAAAGAUGAUGGAAAUGCGAUUAGCGCACGAACAAGAAGAAAAGCACAAAAUUGUGAAACACAAAUGGGAAGAAAGGUUAGAAUUUCAAAAGAAACAAAUUGAAAAGGAGCAGCUCCUAUUGCAAUGUAUAGAAGAUCAAAGGAAAGAGUUUAUUGAUGCAUACAAAGAAAAAAUAAACAGAGAAACAAAAAGAAUGAAAAAACUUUUUGAAGAUGUGAAGAUGUAUAUAAGAUGUUAUUUGGCUAGACACCUGCCUGGAAGUAGAGAACGAAUUUGUUGUAAAAAAUAUUUCUAUGAUGAUGAGAUAAAGAAAACACUUCAAAAGGAAAAAAAGAAAAGUAAGGAAAAGGCUGUAAAUAGAGGUAAACUAAAGCAGGAACUAAAAAAGAGAAAGAAGUUUGCAAAGAUAGAGAAAAAAAAAGUACGUGAAACUAAAAAAGUUAUCAAAAAUAAUAAAAAAGAAAAGAAAAAGAGAAGAAUAAAAAAAAAGAAAGUUAUUGAGCCAGACAUGGAAUUUGAAUUGGAGCCAUUAUCUGAAUCUAUACCUUCAUUAAAAACAGAAACUAUAGAAAAAUCAAUAAUUUCUGAGCCAAAAGAAAAAUGCAGAUGUCAAGCAAUUAAAGAUAAAGAAAAGAUCUUACACAACAGAAAUAGAUGAUUCUCCUAAAAUUAAAUUUCUUAUAAUUUCACUUUCCUAAGUUGAAAUUAUUGAUCUAUAAUUUUAUCCGUUUUUAACUUACAUCAAUAGCUCUCUUAAUAGCAG